GUGACGUGCGCCGGCUUUAGGCCCGGGGAGGCGGUGUAGCCGGUCGGUAGAAGGAGGCUUUGGUGGCGGAAGAGGAUCGGGGCUGAUGGCGGCUCAGGCUCAGAAGUCUUUUUAACACCCUUAUCUGCCCAGGAGCUGCCCACUCGAUUCACAAUGACAUCCUUUCAAGAAGUCCCAUUGCAGACUUCCAACUUUGCCCAUGUCAUCUUUCAAAAUGUGGCUAAGAGUUAUCUUCCUAAUGCACACCUGGAAUGUCAUUAUACCUUAACUCCAUAUAUCCAUCCACAUCCAAAAGAUUGGGUUGGUAUAUUCAAGGUUGGAUGGAGUACUGCUCGUGAUUAUUAUACAUUUUUGUGGUCCCCUAUGCCUGAACACUAUGUAGAAGGAUCAACAGUCAAUUGUGUGUUAGCAUUUCAAGGUUAUUACCUUCCAAAUGAUGAUGGAGAAUUUUAUCAGUUCUGUUAUGUUACCCAUAAGGGUGAAAUUCGUGGAGCAAGUACACCUUUUCAGUUUCGAGCUGCUUCUCCAGUGGAAGAGUUGCUCACUAUGGAAGAUGAAGGAAAUUCUGACAUGUUGGUGGUGACCACAAAAGCUGGCCUUCUUGAGUUGAAAAUUGAGAAAACAAUGAAAGAAAAAGAAGAACUGUUAAAGUUAAUUGAAGUUUUGGAAAAAGAAACAACACAACUUCGAGAACAAGUUGGGAGAAUGGAAAGAGAGCUUAACCAUGAGAAAGAAAGAUGUGACCAACUUCAAGCAGAGCAGAAGGGUCUUAUUGAAAUCUCACAAAAUUUAAAAAUGGAAAAUGAGGAAUUUAAGAAGAGAUAUAAUGAUGCUACAUCCAAAGCUCUGCAGCUUGAGGAAGAUAUUGUGUCAGUGACACAUAAAGCAAUUGAAAAGGAAACUGAAUUAGACAGUUUAAGGGACAAACUCAGGAAGGCACAAUAUGAAAGAGAACAACUUGAAUGUCAGUUGAAGACAGAAAAGGAUGAGAAAGAACUUUAUAAGGUGCAUUUGAAGAACACUGAAAUAGAAAAUACCAAGCUUGUGUCAGAGGUCCAGACUUUAAAGAAUUUAGAUGGGAACAAAGAAAGCAUGAUUACUCAUUUCAAAGAAGAAAUUAGCAGACUGCAGUUCUCUUUGGCUGAGAAGGAGAAUCUGCAAAGAGCUUUCUUGCUUACAACUUCGAGUAAGGAAGAUACCUUUUUUCUAAAGGAGCAACUUCGUAAAGCAGAGGAACAGGUUCAGGCAACUCGGCAAGAAGCUGUCUUUCUGGCUAAAGAACUUAGUGAUGCAGUAAAUGUGCGGGAUAAAACAAUGGCAGAUCUGCAUACUGCACGCUUGGAAAAUGAGAAAGUAAAAAAGCAGUUAGCCGAUGCAGUGGCAGAGCUUAAACUAAGUGCUGUGAAAAAAGACCAGGAAAAGACUGAAACACUGGAACACGAACUGAGAAGAGAAGUUGAAGAUCUGAAACUUCGUCUUCAGAUGGCAGCAGAUCAUUAUAAAGAAAAAUUCAAGGAAUGCCAGAGACUCCAAAAACAAAUAAAUAAACUUUCAGACCAAUCGGCUAAUAACAAUAGUGUCUUCACAAAGAAAGUUGGGAGUCAGCAGAAAGUGAUUGAUGCCUCAAUAAACACAGACCCAGCUACUGCUGCCUCUACUCUGGAUGUAAAGCCACCACCUUCUGCAGCUGAGACCGAUUUUGACAGUCUGACCAAGGGACAAGUCUCUGAAAUGACCAAAGAAAUUGCUGACAAGACAGAAAAGUAUAAUAAAUGUAAACAACUCUUACAGGAUGAGAAAACAAAAUGCAGUAAAUAUGCUGAUGAACUUGCAAAAAUGGAGCUGAAAUGGAAAGAACAAGUGAAAAUUGCUGAAAAUGUAAAACUAGAAUUAGCUGAAGUAGAGGACAAUUACAAACUUCAGUUGGCAGAGAAAGACAAAGAGAUAAGUGGUCUGACUUCACAUUUGGAAAACCUCUCCAGAGGGAAGGAGCUUAAAAGGAGCAUAGAAAAUCAGGCAGAAAGGAAAAUCGAAGGUCAGAAUCCUCAGCAGAUCUCACAGUGUCUUAACACAAACUUAGAGCAAAAUGGUCAUGUGUCUGCAGUGCCAAAUACACAACCAGUUCUGCAAUAUGGUAAUCCUUACGCAACUCAGGAAACAAGAGAUGGAGCAGAUGGUGCUUUUUAUCCAGAUGAAAUUCAAAGGCCACUUGUGCGAGUACCCUCUUGGGGACUAGAAGAUAAUGUUGUCUGCAGCCAGCCUGCUCGAAACCUUAGUAGACCUGAUGGUUUAGAAGACCCUGAGGAUAGUAAAGAAGAUGAGAAUGUGCCCACUGCUCCUGAUCCUCCAAGUCAGCAUUUACGAGGGCAUGGAGCAGGCUUUUGCUUUGACCCCAGCUUUGAUGUUCAGAAGAAAUGUCCACUCUGUGAGUUAAUGUUCCCUCCCAACUAUGAUCAGAGCAAGUUUGAAGAACAUGUCGAAAGUCACUGGAAGGUGUGCCCCAUGUGCAGCGAGCAGUUCCCUCCUGACUACGACCAGCAAGGCUUUGAAAGGCACGUCCAGACCCAUUUUGAUCAGAAUGUUUUAAAUUUUGACUAGUUACUUUUUAUUAGGAGUUAGUACAGUUUAGCAGUUGAAAAACAAAAACAAAACCCCCACCUCAAGUAGACUACUAAGGAGACCACAAGGUGUCACCUUCACGCACCCCCUACAGUACUUUUCUGACCAAGAGCUACUUUGAGUUUGGUGUUACUAGGGUCAGGGUCAGUGUGUGGCUUCUCAAUAAAUAUAAUUUUAACCUCUGUUAACCUUGCCAGCUUAAGUAGUUCUUGUGUGUUGUAUCUUUAUUCCCCAUUUUGCAGAAUUGUAUGAAUAAAGGAAACAGGGACUAUUUUAAUGUUACCACACUAAAAAAAAAUAUAUAUGUGUAGUAUGUUAUUUAGAAGAAUUUACAAGUUUCUGUUGACUUUGUUGAUUGAGCAUGACUACUAAAAAUUAUGUAAUGAAAUUGAAUACAGAAACUUCCAUAAUUUAGCUCAUGCAAUGUUUUUUAACCCUCUUUAGAAAGGAGCUGCAUGUAGAAUGAGAUCACAUGCUUGCAAGAUAGCAAAUAUCCUUUUUAUAUUUGAAAUGUUUGCUUUAGGAAUUAAUAGAAGGCAUAUUUUGCUAAUUUUAUGACUAAAUUUAGAAUGAACUGAAUGAUUAUUUUUAAGCCAUCGUAAAGUCAUAAUUGUGUCUCAUGGGGAAAUAAGAUGUGUCAGUAUAGUUGUUUCAUAUUAAAUGAUCCUGCUAAACAGUGAUGGUUGUGGCAUAAAACCACAGAAAAUGUAUUUGUGUCUUUUUUCACAUUUUCCUGAUGAGUAUAACUUUGAAAAAGUGUUCUCUGUAAGUGAUUAAAUAUGUAACAUGUAAACCCAGAUCAAACUAACAUGUUCCUUAUGUCUCUGCUUUGUGUCAUAUCCAUUAACAUUAAAGAGGACACAUUUUUAGAACUGUGCAAUUUCAUUGUCAAAUUUGUGAUAACUUUUCAUUAAGUAUAUAGCAUCUUCAGUGUCUUUUUGGUCUGGGCCCUUACAAAAUUUCUGAACAACAGUUCCUCCUCUUAGAAUAUGAAUGUUAAGAAUUUAAAGUACUGACUUUUUGAUUUUGCUAUUUGUGUGGUUAUCAAAAUAUUUACGCUUGUCUUAAGAAACUAGUUUAACCUAAUACUCAGGGUAGCAGCAUUUGGAGUAAUAUACGCGGAGUGCACACCUAUCAUCUCACUUGUUUCUAGGAGCAGAAUUCGUUUAUCGUUGGAAUCCUUUAAAAAGAUGUGAGUCUCAGGCCAAACAGUAUUAGGUAGCCAGAUGUUAGGAGAUGGCAGCCCUCGGAUGAAGUAGUAACGAAGACUCCGGAUGCCGUAAGCUUCUGGAUAGCUUAUAGGAUAAGCAGAAAACGUUCAGGUAAAGUAUACCCAAUGACAGGAACAUUUUUGUUGCAUCAGUUAGUAAUUGUGGACCAUACUAAUCUAAAAGUGUCCUUUGACUAUCACAGUACUGCUGCUACUACCACCAGUGAAAUGAAAUUGUUCAUCAUACUGACCUAGAACUUAGUUUUAGUUUUUGGCCCCAACCUUAAGUAGUUUACAGAAAAGCAGUGUGAUCUACUCCGAGCAAAACAUUGAAAAAAUCUACAUGUGUCAGCUGAAUUCUGGGAAAAAAAGAAAAGGCAGCCUAAGACAGAGCAGGGUACUGAAUGGAUAUCUUAGUUUUCAUGGCAAACUUGAUACUGGUCUUUAUAAUGGAUGCUAAUAAAAAUAAAGAGUCGUGUUUA